AUGAAGCAGCAGACUAAGCAAUAUAACAGGCAUGAUGGAUUCCACACUUUAACGAAACUUCCGCCAACAGUAACGAAGCUAUUUACACAGGGACCACCUUUGAAGCCUUCGAAACUGAAGCUCAAAAAAGCCGAAGAAAGAAAAUAUAUCCUGACAGGUGUCGCAGAACUGCUGCCCGAAGUGUCGAACUAUGAAAAGCUCGAUUGCAAGAUAUCUGAAAACAAAUAUUUAGAUGUAUAUGAAGAUGCGAUAAACGAAUCGCAACGGGAGCAAGAGGCAUUGAGGGCGAAACUUCAAGACUGGCACCCAGAAUCUGAUCCAAAUAUUUCUAGUGACCCAUAUCGCACAUUAUUUGUUGGAAGAUUAGACUACUCUGUAGAUGAGGUAGCAUUGCAGAAGAGUUUUGUCAAAUACGGCGAGAUAGAAUCCUGCAGAGUGGUACGAGACAAAGAGGGCAAGAGCAGGGGAUAUGGAUUUGUACAGUUUGUUAACUACGAGGACUCAAAGCAAUGCUUUAGAGACCUGGGUGUGAGACGAGGCAUUGAAAUAAUGGGACGGACUUCAAUUGUAGACAUUGAAAGAGGCAGAACAGUUAAGUACUUCAAGCCAAGGCGAUUAGGAGGCGGCCUGGGAGGUAGAGGAUAUCAAAAGAAGCAACUGAUGAACAAACUAAGUACCCCAGCAUCAUCUGGCGCUCCACUCGGUAUGACCAGAAGAGUACCCAGAAGACACGAUACAUACGAAGGAAGAGGUUCUCUUCCACCCCAGUCGAGAUAUCCUGCAUCUGGCGCACCCUUAACAACCCCACCUGUACCGCCGUACCAAAAACCUGCAAGUUCGAGCUACAGAUCAAGAAGAGACAGGUCUCGUCAUCAGCCAUCUAACAGCUCCGAUGAUGCUCUUAUGUACUAG